AGAGAGAGAGAGAGAGAGAACAGAACGAGGAGCGAAAGAAAGAGAGAGAGAGAGAGAAUGUGUCCGACGAAGCAGGAACCGAACGACUCCAUCGAAGAAUCCGUCGGAAUUAGCUCAAAAUCCGGCGAAUGCACCGGCGAUUGGAGAGAAGAAGCCAUCAACGGGGGAUCAUUAAAACAUGUCGACCUUAAUACAGGAACCAACGGUUGGGCUUCACCUCCAGGUGACCUCUUCAACCUCCGGAGCAAAAACUACUUCAACAAACGCCAGAAAUCCCCCUCCGGCGAUUACCUCCUGAAACCUGCCGGCGUAGACUGGCUCCGUUCCACCGCCAAGCUCGAUAAUGUCCUCUCCCAUUCCAACAAUCGAAUCAUGAACUCGCUUCGUCGAGCUCAAUCCUUACGGUCCAAUUCGCUGAAGACUUUUCUUUUCGCUGUAAACCUCCAAAUUCCCGGCCGAGAAACUCACAGUGCCGUCUUCUAUUUCGCCGCUGAAGAGCCUAUCCCUCCUGGUUCCCUUCUCUAUCGGUUCAUUCACGGCGAUGAUUCCUUCCGGAAUCAGCGGUUCAAGAUCGUGAAUCGGAUCGUUAAGGGACCAUGGAUCGUGAGGAAAACUGUGGGAAACUACUCUGGUUGUUUGCUUGGUAAGGCCUUGACCUGUAACUAUUACAUAGGAGAGAAUUACUUUGAAAUCGAUGUAGAUAUUGGAAGUUCGGCGAUUGCGAAUGCGAUCUUGCGUUUGACUUUAGGGGCUGUGACGGCUGUGACGAUCGAUAUGGGAUUUUUGGUAGAAGCACAGACGGAAGAGGAAUUGCCUGAGAAGUUGAUCGGAGCGGUGAGGAUUGCACAGAUGGAGAUGUCUUCCGCAACUUUUGUAGAGCCAUUUCCUUCGAUGGCACAAUCUUCGGUGCCUGUCUCGCCGAAGAAGAGGUUAGGGUUAUCGAAGGUCAACCAUGAGAAAGAUGAAGACUCCCGAAAAGGUUAGGGUUUUUGGUGGUUCUUAUUAUUAAGAGAUUAUUAAUUUGUUUGGUUUCUCCUGAGCCCCCUUCUUCAUGUCAAUUUUUGUUCGAAUUUACCCAUUAAUUUGGGGGAUUUUUGAUAACUUCUGUAGAUAAUAACAUGGAUUUAUCAAUUACAUCUCAAAUGAAAUGGAAAAAGAGGUGGAGAAAUUUAUGUUCUAA